CCAGAUUAUUUUAUUUAGAGGCGUUUUCAGCGCUGGUCAGUCAGUUCGGAGUCGUGAUUUAGAGCGAGCCUGUCCGCUCUACAAACCAGUGACAUCCGCGUGAGAUCCAGACCGUCCCUUUCAGACAAGACUUGUGACAUGGCGGAGAAGAGGAAGAGUGCUCCCGUGACGCUCAGCUCGCGAGCUCACGCCUUUUCCGUGGAGGCUCUCCUCGGGCCGCGGGUGAAGAAGCAGCGGACCGCCCAGUACCGAAACUCCGGGGAGAACGCUACCGGCGAGGACGACGUGCUGGAAAACUUUAGCGCAUCCGACGGUAGACAUGAGGACCGUACGCCCGAGCAGAGCUCCUCGGCGCUGGGGUCGAUACAGGCCCUGCAGAGCCGGCUGGCGUACCCGCUGCCUCAGCCGGACGGGCCGGCGGACCAGGUACGGGUGGAGCUGCAGGGGAAGGACCUGUGGGCGCGCUUCCACGACAUCGGCACAGAGAUGAUCAUCACCAAGGCCGGCAGGCGCAUGUUCCCGGCUAUCCGUACCAAAGUGACCGGGCUGGACCCGAAGGCUCAGUACAUCGUGAUCAUGGACAUCGUGCCGGUGGACAACAAGCGGUACCGGUACGUGUACCACAGCUCCAAGUGGAUGUGCGCCGGGUCCGCGGACGCCCCGCCCCCGCCCAGGGUGUACGUCCACCCCGACUCGCCCGCCUCGGGAGAGGCCUGGAUGCGCCAGACCGUCUCCUUCGACAAACUCAAGCUCACCAACAACGAGAACGACGAACAGGGAUACAUUAUCCUCCACUCCAUGCACAAGUAUCAGCCUAGAGUUCACAUCAUCAAGAAGACAGGACACACAGACCUGACCAAUAAGACAAGCAUAUCGCCAGCAGACAAGGCCCAGACCUUCUCUUUCCCUGAGACUGUGUUCACCACUGUCACUGCCUACCAGAACCAACAAAUCACCAGACUGAAGAUUGACAGGAAUCCUUUUGCAAAGGGCUUCCGAGACUCUGGCAGAAACAGGUCUGGGCUGGAGUGCAUCAUGGACAGCUAUGCCUUGUGGCACAACCCCGGCCGACCCUUGACCUACGGACAGUACACAUCCAUGAAGAGCCAAGCAGAGGAAGAGAAGAUCAUGUCUGGGAUUCUGCCACCACCUUCCCCUCCAACCGCCUUCUACCUGGCGCCCAACACCUUCAACGUGGGAUGCCGCGAGGGACAGACAGGCAUGACGCCCGACCGCUACCACGAGUCACCGCAGCGGACGUCCAUCAACAAGGAGAACGUGUUCUCGCCUGACCUCCCCUCGGACAGUUCCCGACUGGUGCCCCCACAAUGCAGUGCAGCAGGAAGUAUGUGCAGACACCCGCUGAUGUCGGAAUCGUCAGCGUUACCCCACCCCGACGACUACGUCCGACAGACAGCGCCACAACCUCCCAGCAUUCCCUACCAGUACCUUCCCAGCAGCCCCCACUUCUCCCAGACGACCUUGAGCCCGACCCAGCACAGCCCCCUGCUGGGCGCCCCCUAUCCCUCCCCACGGAACUGCAGCGCCGGGUCAUCCCCACAGUCCUACCUUCCCAUCAGCCCCUCCACAUCCGGCACUUCCUCCUGCCCUACGACCUCCCACCUCUCGCCGACCUUCUGCACCUCCGCGACCUUCCCACAUCCGUACUUCAACAACCUGCAGGUGCUGCCGACCUCUGCCCUCCCGACCUCUGGCCUCUCGACCUCUGCCCUUCCGACCUCUGCCCCCAGCAGCUACAGCUACCUGCAUGGACAGUACAGACUGGCAGUGCACAGAAUACCCAGUCCUCAGGCAUCACUAGUAUGAAGACAUUGCAUAAACCAAUGGUAAGCUAGUAACUAGUAAAUCAAUGAAUGUAAAUAUUGUAUGCUAGCAAGCAAUGUCAUUCUUGUUCAGAAAACACUGGUCAUAUGAAAUUUGAAAAAUGUGAAUGUUGAUUAUGAGCUCAAAGUUGUAUGAUGCUAAUGUCCACAACUGACAUAUUAUGAUAAUAUACUACAGUACUGAUGGAAGCAUGAUGUUUCCAACAUGUGAAACUGAACUAUGUAGAUCAUGUAAUAAGUUUGUUUUCCAACAAAACAUGUGUACUUGAAAAUAUUUCCAUUACAGACACAUGUACAUGUGUUAAGUUGUGGAUACAUA